ACACUGAUACCAUAGGAAAACACAAGGAGGGGUGACACUGGUUGUUUUUGGCGUGUUUUCGUUUGAUUGAAUUGCAAUUUUAAUUUUUACUUGUCGCAAAGGAUCUUGAACAUGGUAUUCCAAUUGCCCACGACCACCGCCGCUCCGGCAGCAGGUGCAUUCUCCUUCUCCUUCGGCCUGAACUCGGGAACACCCGCUGCAGCCGCGGCUCCAGCAGCACCAGCUGCCGUUCCCGCCACAAAACCAACAUUCUCAUUCGGUGGCCCUACAGCUACCACCGCUAAUGCUGGUGGCGGAGAUGCCGACAAUUCAAAGGCUCAGGCACCACCUGCAUUUGGUUUUGGUCUUGCAGCACCGGCUGCAGCUCCUCUUACGCUGGGCAAUCAAGCCGCAAAUCCUGUGUCGACUUCGGCGGCAACGAUUGGAACUUCCGCUGCUCCACCUGCUUUUGGUGGCUUCAUGUCUCAGCCAACGGCUGCGGUAGCGCCAACCUUAGCUACUAGUACAGCGAAUACAGCAGCUCCCACCACAGGAUUGCUGGGAGGCACUGGAUUAGGAGUUGCCAAGAGCACUGCGGCUGCGCCAACAACUUUGACAGCAGCUCCAGCCGCUAUAGCGCCGAUACUAGGAGCAGCAGCGGCUCCCACUCUAAGUACAGGCGGAGCUUUUGCCAAUCUAACCACUGAAACCAAAACCACAGACUCUUCUGCCGUGUCUACCGCUUCCCAAUUGUCCUACAACCAACUCGAAGAGCAUAUCAACAAGUGGACCCUAGAGUUUGAGGAGCAGGAGAAGGUAUUUACCGAGCAAGCCACUCAGAUCAACGCUUGGGAUAAACUGCUUAUCAGCAACAAUCAGAAAAUUGUCGAGCUCAACGAUGCCGUGAAAAAAGUGAAAACCGAUCAACAGGUUCUUGACCAGGAGCUUGAAUUCAUAGCUACUCAGCAGAACGAGCUUGAAGAUAGCCUUGCGCCACUGGAGAAAGAGUUCGUGAAUCUCCCAAAGGUGGACAUGGAGCGCAGCCAGACUUAUUUGAUGGUGGAGAAUCUAGAUACGCAGCUAAAGCAGAUGUCUGAGGACUUGAAAGAGAUCAUAGACAACCUAAAUGAAGCUAACAAGGGCCAAGACACCACUGAUCCGAUCAUCCAGAUUGGCAAGAUCCUCAAUGCCCACAUGAGCUCACUGCAGUGGAUCGAAUCACAGUCGUCGAACAUCUGCAAGAAGCUGGACGACAUCGGGAAGAUUCAGGAUACCCAGAAGAGAGAUAUAUUCCGAGCCCCUUACUAAAUAUUAGGACCUUAAUAUUUGUUAACUUAAAUAAAAGAUUCAUUGUAACUACUAAAAAA